UCGGGGAGGAGAGCAGGCGUCUCUCGGCUCAGGAAGUUGGCAGACAACACGGUGGGAGCGAUUGUGGAAUUUGGACCUGCUUCAUACUUACUUCUUAAUUAUUUGGAAAUCUAAGAUUAAUUUGUUUCAUUCCAGUUAGUCACAUUUCACCUAAUACUCUGUUUGUGAGGUUUCUACCAUGAACAGGGCCUGGGCCGCGUUCAGGGCCCAUCCGUACAUCAGCAACGUGGUCGGCUACACAGUGCUGUUCGCCUCCGCCGACCUCUUCCAGCAGCGCGUGUUGGGCCGCCGAGACGCGUCCGUGGCCUUUGUUGGCGUGGACUGGCGCCAGACAGCCCGAGUGGCAACCGUGGGCUUUUGUUUCCAUGCCAACUUCAACUACCAGUGGCUCCGCUGGCUGGAGAAGAUGCUGCCGGGGGGCGGGGUCAAGGCAGUGACGGGGAAGGUGCUGGUGGAUCAGCUUGUGGCGGCACCGCUCACCAUCAGUGCUUUUUAUAUUGGAUUGAGUUUACUCGAAAAUAAAGAUGAUCUUCUUCAAGACUGGAGAGAGAAAUUCUGGACAUCUUACAAGACCGGUGUGGUGUUCUGGUCAACAAUGCAGGCUGUGAACUUUUCCCUGGUGCCCCCCGUGGCUCGGACCGUGUUCCUCGGAGGCGUCGCUCUCGUGUUCACUAUUUUCCUAUGUCACCUCCGACAGCAGAAGGGCGGCAAACUUGAAUGAAUUCUUCACAACUUUUGUACUCAAUGAUCAUUUACUGUACUGUUAUCAUUUUGCUCAUUUGUUUGCAUAUUAUUUUCUAGUUUUGAACUUGCUCAGAAUAGUAAUGGCAUUGACUUAUGUGAUUAAAGCA